GUAACAGUAGCCGAGGGCUGAACGUGGAGAAGCCGGCAGCGCGCUCUCGGAGGUGCCAGCGCGAGCCCGGCACGGCGGGUGCCCCUCGAGGUGCCCUCACUGUACCUGAUAGCCUGAUGACGUCACUGACCUCAUUAGGUGCAGAAUCUUAGGUUCCUUGUUCGUGGGAUGGGAUGGGAUGGGAUGGGGGGGGUUUGUUGGUGGAAGGGAGAGUUCUAGCACGGUCCAGAUUCUCCAGGAGUCUCGGCAACGUGAAGGAAAACACAGCAGCAGCAGCAGCAACAACAACAGCAUCGCAGUCCAGAGAAAAAGUUCUUCUGGACUCCGCCCGUUGACUUCUCGAGAGCACGGACGCCUUUCGGAUCCGUUUCUCCGGCGCCAAGGAAGAGGCUCGCGAGGCGGCGCCCGGAAUGCUGCGGUGCGCGCGGGUCCCAUAAUCGCCACCGACCGCCCGGGUUCACACGUGCUGGGGCCACGUUUCACAGGCUCGGAGCGCACGGCGACAGGUCGGGAUGGACUGGAGCCCGUCGCUGUGUCUGCUGUGUCUCCUGCUGCCGCUGUCCGGCCCGCAACAGCCGCAGCCAGAACUGCCAACUCUGGUGAAAAAAGCUCUGGAUGAAUUCUUGGCCGGAAAAUACCUUCAAGCUCUUGUUGAUGCCUUCCUGUUCGCAAGCAAACAGCAGCCCUGGAGCCCUCUAGACGCCCUGCAGUAUCUGCUCCUCAGGAACUCCUCCCUCAACAUGGAGAGGAUAACGACCAUCCUGAGGGACUACCAGAAUGUUCUGAUCCAGGAGCCCCAGCGGCUGGUCUCCGACCUCGGCACCCUGGACACCCAGCAGUUCACCACCGCCCUGCGGCUGCUCUUCUUGGGCAGGAAGGAGCAGACCUCGCUGAUCGAUGUUGACUUUGACGUGAUGAAGUCGGCGCUGGAGCGCAGCCCCGGGGGGAACCGCUCGCUGUUCGCGGUGGCCCGGGAGCGCUGCGUGCCGGCUCUGCGGAGAGGGACCUGUGUGGACCUGCUGGGCGCCAUACUGAGCCUGUCCGCUGGGGAGUUUGUACAGGACGACUUCAUCGCCCAGCUGCCCGCUGACCUGCCUGAGGACAUCUUCAGGAACCUGACCGCUGUGUUUAAGGACCUGUAUGACAUGUUUUCAGCUGCCACUCAGAGAUCCAUCUACAAGUGGAUCAUACAGGGGCUCCAGAAGACCUCCAAAUCAAACCAGGGGUCGCAGUUCUGGGUCACUGCGGAGAACCUGUGGUUCCUGGGCAGGUACAUCGUUCACCUGGCUGUGCACAACAUCAACGGGAUCAGCCUGAGUGAGAUGCGCAUGUUCAUUAACUACGAUAACGCCACCAAGCAGCUGGACUCCGUGUACGACAUCAAACACGCCACUGCCAAGGCCUUCCUGCGGCGCGUCGGCGCGUGUGGGUUCGACAUGGCCAACACCUCCAUCGCUUACAGGCUGGGCCUGCUGGUGUGUUUCUAUGACAACGCCCAGCAGCUGGACGUCGCUGAUGCCCGCAGCCUCCUGCACCAGCUCAUCAAAUGCAACCAGCUGCGAGGAAACCAGGCGGAUGUCCAGAAGCUCAAGUCUCAGCUGCUGGCCAUCGUGAUGAGGAACCGGACCCUGAACGAGUCUCUGGGCUCGGUGUCGGAUGCCGUGGUGGGCCUGACGCCCAGCCAGCUGGAGUCCCUCUCAGCCCAGGCGGUGCAGAGCUCCAUCGCGGUGCUGCAGCAGGUCUCCGGCUGGACGCGCAGCCAGACCAUCGUGCUGGUGCACAAGUACAUCGGCACCAGCAAGUUCCUGUCUUUCAGUAACAUCAGCCAGCUGGGCUCCCUGAUCUCGGGAGUGGAUGCCAAUCUGUUCUACAGCGUGACCACGGAGGAGCUGUCGCGGGCGCUGGAGAGCACCCUGUCCCGGUACUCUGCUCAGCUCAACCCCGCGCAGCAGCACGCCAUCGUCAGCCAGAUGCUGACGGCCGCGGACGUGGGGGCUGUAGUGAGGCGGAUCCCGGGCCUGUUCUUCCUGGAGGUGUCGCUGUCCACCCUGCUGAGGCUGCCGAGCCUGGAGACUGAGGAGCUGGAGCAGAAGCAGCUGACUCGCAGCCAGGCCUUCUUCUUGUACGGUUCACUCUCCAGAAGGACUUCCACCACGGACUUGAUCAGCACUGGACAGCUCCUGAAAGGCAUCUCCUGCGAGGACAUCCAGAGAAUGAACAGCAGCUCCUUCGUCACCAACUUCACCCUCUUCGAGAAGAACUUCCACCUCCUCUCACCUUUCCAGAUGAACUGCCUGGCCUGGAAGUACUGGGAGGUACUACACACCACCAACACGACGAUCCCCCCACUACUGCUGUCUGUGCUGCCUGUGGAGUACCUGGACAACAUGCCCACCUCCUCCUGCAAGAGUUUCCUGGGGGCUCUGGGCCGGGUCAGCCUGGACCUGCUGACCGUCUACGAGGAGAAACAGGAGGCCGUCAUCAAGAAAGUGCUGCAGUGUCUGGGCGAAGGGGUCAGGGAUGAGUACGACGUGGACGUCAUGGGGCAGCUCCUGUGCCACCUGCCCGCCAACACCAUCCGCGCGCGCAUCGCCCCCCCAGCCCUGCCAGCCGCCCUGCGCCAGUUCCGGAGCUGCCCGAAGCUCAGCCAGGAGCAGAAGGACGCGGUCAAGAGCAAGAUGGCACAGCUAUACGGGAGCCCGCAGGGCUGGAGCGCAGAGCUGGCGCAGGACCUGGGGCCGCUGGUCACCCUGCUGUCCAGGGAGGAGAUCACCGCCAUCGCCAACAAGUACCCAGAGGAGGUGCUGCCGUUGGCCGCGAGUGGAGCAGGAGGCUCUCUGCCAGAGGAGUUUCUAGCUGCCCUGUUUGACUCUGUGCGUGGGACUGGCGCCGGAGAAAUCACAGCCACCAAUCCAGAGUCAGCACAGUGCGAUGCAGUCAGAGCGCCAUCUGUUGACGAGAUCAGGAAGCUGCUGGAGGCCAAUGUUUAUUGGUCAGACGUGGAGCUGCAGUGCAUGAGCGAUGACACCUUCACUCAGACUGUGGAGCUGCUGGGGUCUGUGAGCCGGUACAACAUGUCCCAGCUCAGCACGCUCAAGACCCGGGCCAUGCAGGCAUGGGGCGCCCUAUCCACCUGGAAGAGUUACCACGUGAUCUCUCUGGGUGCGAUUGCACUGGCCUUAACAGUGGAGGACAUCCAGGAGCUGGACCUGAGCUCCAUCGACACGCUGACUGCGCUGAGCCAGCAGACAGCCUGGAGUCCACAGCAGCUGUCCAGCCUGCUGUCCCGGUUCCUGGAGACAUCUGGCUUGACCUUGGCGACCCUGCGGGGGUCUGACCUUGCUGGGCUGGGGGUGAUCCUGUGCGGGGUGGAGCCCAGCCAGGUGCACCUCAUCGGCCCUGCGGCGUACAGUGCUACGGCGGCCCGCAUCGGCACGCUGCCCUGUGCCCAGCCCGUGCUGCGGGAGCUGAAGAAGACCGCGGAGAGGGUGUUUGGGGCCGUCGGCACCUGGAACAGCUCCGUGCUGCAGGAGGUGGGGGCUGUGGCAGCCGGGAUGACUGUGGAGGAGCUCAGGGCCCUGCGUGCAGAGCUGAUGCCCUAUCUGCAGCCAGGGGCCGUCGCUGCCAUCCCCCCCGAGCACUUCAGGGAGCUCUCCCGGGAGCAGAUUCAGAGCCUGGGCCCGGAGAACGCGGCGGCAGUGACUCCUUCCCAGUGUGCCCACCUGAGCCAGGAGCAGCUGCAGGGCCUGCAGGCGGCACGAGACGGGCUGAGAGACAGCCAUGUCAGUGCCAACCAGAGCCCGGGCACCGUCAACUCCGGGGCCCGCCUUCGUUUCGGCUCUCCGCUGUGGCUCUGGACAGCGUGCUCCUGCGGAUGCCUCCUCGGGGAGAGACUGCUAUAGCAGCUCCUGGACGCCCGAGGAGCUGCAGAGACGAGCGCUCUUGUUCAACCUGCUGCCAAAAGUGAUGCCAACGAUUUUGUAAAAAAAAAAAAAAGACAUCUUUGACCAUUGUGUUUUGCUUGUGAAACGUACAAAAGAAUGUGUAGGCCUAGGUUACUGUAGAGCAGAUAGCACAGGGUCUGUGUGCUUGAGCAGCAGGCUAAAAGGAGUUGAGGUGUAGACCUUGCACAUUGUUACAUUCCAUAAUUUAGUACAUUUUCUGCCUGCGAGAACUUUUGUGCUAUUUACACUUUGUAUCUGAAUAUUGGCUUCUUGCCUUAAAAGAAUGUUUUUAACUAGUUAUGCAGGUAGCGUUUGAGUUAGAGCUCUGAAACUCCACAGGAGAGCUGUGGGAUUCCAUGUGGAGAGGUGGCAAUGGCGAAUGCAUCUUCUAAGCACUGCAGUGAUGGAGCGGUUUGCCCCCUCUUGUCUGAAUACCUCUCCUUUCACACUUGGAGUUCAGGUAUCCCCAACAACAACAGACACAGUAUCUGUCUCACAUAAGUUCUGAUUUAAUUCUCUCAUUCUGAUCACAGCUUCUUGAGAGAACUGGAGGGCUUUUCGAGACCUUGAAAGAAAGCCCACCAUGAUGUCACAUGUUCUCAUGUCAUCAUAUUUCACAGAGGAGCUGAGAGUGAUAUAAUUUGCUAUGUGCGAAGGCAAGCCUAGUGAGUAACGUUUUGGACAAGUGUUAAUAAGCGCUGGUGUAAAUUAGUGUCUGUUAGGGUCCUGGAGUUUCAGUACAGAGUAGGUACAUGGGAUUGCCUGAUUACAGACUCCCUGUGACUUUGUAGCAUCUGCAAUUGCUUGCCAAGGAGUAUUUAAAAGUACUGGGUUAUGUUGCAUGUUGAAAAUGUAAAAGCAUAGUGCAGUAUGAGUCCAAGUUAAUGACAUCACAUUCUGUAUAAAACUCUAUAUGAAAUACUGGAUUGCUUCUGUUCGACUUCUAACGACCUUUUUGGAAAUUAGCAGGUUAAUGACCAUGCAGCAAUACCCAUAGUGGAUGUGAGCCAACAGGAGUACAUGCUUAGUGUAGGAACUGAUGUUUAGAGUAAUGAAGUAGUAUCCUUGCAGGAGGAGACCACAGACACAGUUCUUAUUUGCAACACGUGUAAAGCUGCCACUUUCUUUAAUUUUAUAUGCUUCAACUUACUGUUCUCUUUUUACAAUGUGAAAUUCACUGUGAGGGUCUUCACAACAAAUUAAUGAUAUAUUUGAUAACCAAUAAACAGAUUUUAUUGUAACACAUCAUUUAUUGUGGUUUCACAGCUGUAACACCGAGUGACUUCGAAACAUUCUCCUUCCGGCUCACAGCUCUCACACCCGGUCGUCUCCCAGACUGGCCACUGUGAUCAGUCCAUUCGCUCUGGGCUUUAAUUACACCCCCUGUCAGAAAGGCA